GGCCCAGUUUCCCUCUUCAACCUCCUCAAACAAGACCCCGCUAGAUUAGAGCCGCGUAACACACUCACAAAUUUUGCAUAUUCGUUCACACAAAAUUCUUGGUGGGCUUUAAAGAACACAAGAAUAUCCUCUCUUCUUCCUUCUUCAACAUAUCCUCAUUACUCAAAGUCGUCUUCUUUUUUUUUUUUUUUUUUUUUUUUUUUUAGCACCCAGAAAGUCAGUGGAUUCAGUUUUCUAGCCGAGAAUUUACUUGAAAGAGUUUAGAGAGUUGGGUUUUCUUUUCUUUUUGGGAAAAUUGUUAUUCUUUUGGAGUUUGGCGAUAUGGGUGAAUCGGCUUGCCUUCUCAGAUCUUUCUCUCAUCCUUCUGAUGCUUCACGUGAGGCCAAAGAGGGAGAUCCAAUUCGAGCUCUUGGAGAAUCCAUUUCCUUCGGGAGGUUUAUGUCAGAGUCUCUUGCUUGGGAGAAAUGGUCUGCAUUCUCUCAUAACCGUUACCAGGAAGAACUUGAAAGAUUCUCCAAACCGGGUUCUGUUGCUCAGAAGAAGGCAUAUUUUGAAGCUCAUUACAAGAGGAAAGCUGCACAAAAAGCAGCAGCUGAGCUCGAGGAAGCAAACACUGAGGGGACGAUGAAGCAAGUCAAAACCGAGAAAACAGAAGUUUGCACCAGCUCUUGUGUGGAGUCAGAGCCUUUGAGAUCACCAACCUGCCAAGUGAUUGAAAGUAAUGAACAACAGAAUAUUGUUCAGAAUACUGAGUCUGUAUCUCCCGCUGAUGCUGAUGUUCAUGAUUCUAUGAAUGAGGAGAGUAUGGUGGAAACACUAACAACAGACAAGGUGGAAGAAGUUCUUGACCAAAACAAUUCCAUGGAGACUGCUCCUAAUAUUGAAAAUGACAACCAGAAUGAGAAGGAUGAAGACCACGCCAAAACUGCGGUUGCUGAAGAAGUGAAAACUCCGGCCGAGAACCCACCUGCUGAAAGGGAGAUCAUAUCUUCAGGGGGGAGCUUGAAAAGAUUAAGGAAUUACUCCAAAUUAUUGACUCGAAGUUGGUCAUCGAAGUCUCAAUCCUCUCCUGCCAAACAAGCAACAACCCCUAGUCAACAGUUCAUACACAAGGGUAAUGCAACUCCAAAGAGUAAGAAACAUGUAGGGACUAUUGUCGAGAAAUUGAGUAUGAAAUCCGUCCACAUGUCGAUGAAUUUUAAUUCCGGCCCGAAAGAAAUAGGUAAAACAAGUCCAAAACUUCCACAAAUUGGAAGAAAAAGGACACAUAUGAGUUCACUUGCACCAUCAAAAGAGACUUCAACACCUCCUCCGAAGUUUGUCAGUAGGGUAGCGUCAUCUGUUAAUGGAUUGUUAAAGCAACCUUUGAUCAAACCCCCAUUAGAAAAUAAAAGAUGCAUGAAGUCUUCAAAUGCAAGUGGAACCGGAAGCAAAGAACGGCCUCCUCUUAUAUGCUCUCCUUUCAGCUUCAGGAGUGAAGAAAGAGUCGCGAAACGGAGAGAGUUCUUUCAAAAGCUCGAAGAAAAAGCUAAUUCCAAAGAGAUGGAGCAAAAGCAACUGCAGGCAAGAUGUCAGGAAAGAAAGAAGAAUGACAUUACCAAAUUACGUCAAAGCAGAAAUUUUGAAGCCAAGGAAAAUCAAGAUUCUAACCAGGGAUCAAAACCAACUACUGAUCACAUUAAAAUGAUCCCUGUCACGAGACCUCGAUCGCCCAAGCUAGGGAGGAAAUCAGCAAGUUGCAGUGCGGUACAGAGUAUAAGCUCUCUGCCUCCAAAGAGGCCAUCAGUCACUUCCAAUGAUUCCAAGAGUGUUGUAAGAAAGAGGUACGGAGGCACCACUCGAUCAGUCACUUCUUUUGGGAAGAAAACGAAUGGCUGUGAAAAUUUUUCUCCAAAUAUCCAAACUUGAUCAAUCUCCCUCCAUAGCUGGGAUGCACUUACAUAGUUUACACAUCAUGAAACGAAAGAAAGUUGUUAGAAAGUAAGUUGUCUAUAUUUGUCAUGAGGAGAGAUGCUGUCUCAAAUGACCAAAAAGUUGGCUUUUGUGUAGGCCACUUUCUGAUUGUUUGUGGGGUACUUAUAUAGUAUGCAGAAAUUUUGUAGUCAAAUGAAAUAUUACCUGGCUUGAUAGGUUUUGUACAAGUUUAAAAUUAUAUGUUCAUGUAAAAAUGUUGUUGUGGUAAAAACGUUGUCGUGCUCAAAGCUUAGCAAACAGAUCAACAAAAAGUACCCUAAAUCAUCACACCUUGAGUUUGAUCA